AUGGGAUUUUUGUAUCAGGUGCUUAAGGAUGUCAGCGAGAAACAGCCUUACAAUGUGGGUAAAAAUACAUUAAAUUCGGUAAGCAGCGUAAUUAACAAACAUCUUUGCUCAGGGCACGAUGGUUUCACUAAGCUUCUUCCCAGCCUGACUAAACACAUCGAGAAGUACAACAAAGAGGUGAGAGAGUCUAAUAAAGCAGUGUCAAAUCCCAUUAAUGAGUUAAUAAAAUACGUCAAAGAUCGAGGUGAGUUGCUUGGUAGUAUUAAUAAGUAUCAGGUGACGGACAACAUUGAGCAAGACGUACUUGACGCGGCGGAGAAGACCAUGGCAGAGAAAUUGAAGGAGUGUCAGAAAAAAGCAGAAACGUUAAACUCAGUGUUUAAUCUUAGUACACAAACAGAUAUGAAAAAUGCUAUUAGUUAUCUUAAUUCCACAUUAAGUGAACGUGUACGUGUAGCGUUGAGGGCGGUGAGCCAUGAGACGGAGAGGCUUAAGACCAUGUCAGGUAAGGAACGUAAGGACCUUGAUGGUUUGCAGGAAAAGAUAAAAAGUGUACUGAGUGCACUUGGAAAUUGCGUCAACGAGAAGAUACAGAAAGAUAUUGAGAACCUGGUGAAGCAGCUCAAGGAAGGAGUCAACACUAUUUUGAAGCACCUGAAAGAUAUCGAUGGCCAAUUAAGGGAGCACGUGCAGAAACUUGAAGAGUGGAUGGAGAGCGCCAAAAAAGAGAUCGAUAGAAUAAGGAACGAGGAUGUUAAGAAGAUACUUGACGAGACGACUGACGGAAUCACGGGCACGACGUAUCUGAUCAAAGAUGAUGCGAAGAAAGUUAAGGAUUGGGAAAAGAAGUUGAGUGAAGAGAUUGCACGUGUGAAAGGAGAGCUUGCAAAGUUGGUGCAGGAAGCGCUAAGAAAGGUAAAAUCCAUGGACGAGGCGCUUAAAGGGGAUUUGUGGAAGGUGAAGGAUGCUGUUAAUAAGCAGGUGACGGGGAUUAAGGAGGCGAUUGGGAAGUUGUACGAUGUGGUUGAGAGCGGAGAUGCGCACGCUACGAGUACUAAAGCAGAUGGGAUGCUGUCGAAUGUGAUCGGAUCAAUUCGAAGUAAGGUCGCACAAAUGAAAACAGAUGUUGGCGAGAAUGGCAAAAAUUCCGACCAAAAAACAGGUAUAUUCAAGCCAUGGGAUGAGUUGAAAAACAAACUAAAUGAGCUUGUGAGCAAUAUUUAUUUUAAGAAAGGAACAAAAGGAAAUCUGUACGAAGUUGAACGAAACAUUACAGAGUACGCUAAGGACUUUGUCAGUGAGGCAUUGAAAAACAAAGUUCUUAAAACGUGGAUGGACGUAGUUUUAGGAGACCAUGGUACUGCGCAUCAGUACAUUAAUCUAUACGUGGAAGAUAACACGGGUAAGGGUUAUUUUAAGGAUGAAGGGAAUCUCAAGCAGAACGUUGAAAAGACCAUUAGGAAGGUUUUUGACUCAAAGCUCAAGGCAGUUCUUUCCAAGGUACCCGCAGUGGAGAAUCCUGAAUCCUCCAAUCUCGUUACUAAUCUGGGCAAUAUUAAGAGGUGUCUCAGAACGUUAUGGGAACAUUUAAAGGGUGGUAUGAAAACUAGUGAUUUAACAAGCUCAAAAAUUGUUACCGAAAUUAUUGGGCAAUAUGCAGCUGAUGGGUUAGUAGAAUCGACAAAUAAUCAUACAAAAACGCAUCUAUAUUCCGCAGUUAAAUAUAUCGUCAGCGGUAUAGCCGAUAUGGCCGAGCAAGCUGAGACUGAAAUUCUGUGGCUCGUCAAAGACAGCACUGUAGUUAAACAACCAAGAAACAAUUCAAGCAUAGCAGCUAAUAUAGAUGCGUCUAUCAAACGAAUCGAUGAUUUCGUCACACAAUUUAACGGCAAUCCGGGCCAUGGAGGCUUGGGAAACAAAAUGGAAGAGGCGUUGUACACCGUGAAACACCGCAUACAAAAGUUGCAUCAACAUCUAUCAACUGCGGUAGAGACAUCCGGAGAGGGCACCGCCGCCGCCGUCGACUCCGCGAUCACGGGGGUGACUAGCAAGCUGGAGGAGCAGUUGCCGAAAGAACAAAAUAAUAAAUUAGGUACUCAUGUCAAACUUGGUGAAGGUCCCAACAUGUUUGAUGGUUAUAAAGAGUACGUGAAACAAGACACAUCUAUCUUACAAAAACAGAAGCUUGACGGCACCUCCGCUGAAGGCUCCCUCCCCGCUGCGAUCGGUGAUAUUGGAUCAGCAGCUUCAGACAUUUAUAUCACUCACAUCACAUCGGGACUCACUGCUCUGUCUGAAAAAAUCAAGCAAGAUCUUGAUACCAUCACCAAAGCAAUAACUACGACUACCAAAAACGUUCAAUCUAAAUUGGACGAUUUCAAAAACAAGAAGCUCGGCAACGCCGCCCAUAGCAAACCAGCACAGAAAGAUACUCUCCAAGAACUGCAUUGUAAAUUUCUCGACCUUCACAAAUAUUUCGAAAGUAAGGCCCUCAAAACCGCUGAAGCAUUCGCUGCGUACGCCGACAGAUCCGGCAAAAACAUCAUCGAUCCCCUUAAGCAACACGUAAACAAUGAGGUCAAAAAGGCUCAAGAUAGCAUCAUUUCCGAAGCCAAAAAAAACUACAUCUCCUCCAUUCAGUCGCUGCUCCAGCGAUUUGCGUCCAAGGUUCACAGCGAGCUGGAAGCGUUGCCCAAAUCCAUUGAAGACGAUUUGACGCUUGGCUUCAAGGGCUUCAUGGUGAAGUUCGAGAUGAGUUUCAUUACCAACGAAAAGUCAAUUAAAGGUAUUAAAGACAUUGAAACUACAAGUCCACAGAAAGAAUCUCCACUGCGACAGGCGGCAACAAAAUUCUUCGGAAGCGUCAACAGAUUCCUACAUGGUUUAGAGACACAGCCGGACUUCAAAACGGACUAUGAAAAAAUUAAGCCAACACGUGAGGCGCUGGCUAAGUUGUUCGGAGGCCUUGUCACUUCCGAGUACUUCGAUCACGAGUUUUCUAGGAAUUUAUCGGCGCUGAAGGUGACGCUCAGUGAAUUAAAGCCCGCUAUCUAUGGCGAAGCUAAGUGUCCGUUGCUACUGAAUGCUUUGAAGAACGGUCUAUCCUUCCUUGUUGACACGUUGGACAAGACUUACAUCUCCGCCUACGACAGUGAGACGUUUUCCGAUGAUUUAGUUAAAGGCGACAACACAUUGACUAAAUAUGGCAAGUAUUACGCCAAGGUAUUCCUUACUGCAUUGCGGACUCUCGACGUAUCGUUGUAUGGGUUGAAGCAUGAGUGCAAGAGUCUGACGGGACAAAAAAUCAAUUCAUCCACCGAUCUCGGAAGAUUGUUCGUGCGCCACGGCUUUAAGGUUGCGGAAGAAAAUAAAGAACACUGGGAGCUGCAAAACAGAACAGUCAUCAGCGGGGCGUACGUUUCCAACAGAAUUAACUAUAGGGUCAGCGGCGCGAAAGGGAAUGAGCAUCUUAAACAGUGCGAAUCAAAGAAACGCAAUGAUGAUCACUUCAAUGUGUUUGAUAUGAUUAGAUGCCUAGUAACUCACGUCAAGCAGUACUUCGAAGUUUGCCACUAUUCCACUUCCACAGCGAAGAGACAACCAUGCUCCGUAUAUGAGAUGCUCAUAUGGCUCUCGGGUCUUCCACAUAACAAAGUGUAUGAUGCGUUGUUAACUGACGGUCUCAGUGCACCGUUUGAAGAUCCAGACAAGCAGACGAAGGAGGUGGACGGUGAUGCUGACUUCACUGUAUCUGACCUGCAAGAGUCGCAUCUAGAUGCGUACCCUAAACAAAUCACGUAUAAGAGCGUCGCUAAAGUCUUGGACCAUGUAUGCUCAGCGUCGUAUGACGUCUUGACAACUAUUGCUGGGACCGGUAACGUACUAACAACCUACGCAGUAGAUUACUGCACCAACUCACAUGGCCUCUAUUACCCGUCCACAGGAGAAGACUGCCUUCAUACUGUGCUUGACAUCCUCCGCCGGCUGUUACCGCAACUCAGAUACUUGUUCAACCGUUGUAAUGUGAAAGCUGAAAACUACGGCUGGCGUGACUGCCGUUACGGUAGUGCCGUUGACUUCUCAACUUGGCAAUGUAACGACCACUCAAGCGACGAAUCAAACACCAAACCAAAUGACCAACCAAACAGCGAACCAAAUAGCGAACCAAAUUGCCGACCAACGUCUCCAUUAAUGUCGUAUCUAAACGACUGCCUUCCUGGCCACCUACCUCAUAGGCUCACAUCGAUAGGAUGUAAGUCUGAGUGCAAGACAUGCCCUGGUAGUAAACCCGGAAUGCCAUGUCUGACUCCAUUAGGUUUCAGAGCAUUUUCCGGAUCAACUAAGACGGGUAUAAGUAUAUAUGAAACACUUUGGCUUUUCUUUGGUAACGGUCUAAUUUCAUCGCUGUUUUGCCUUGUACCUACUCCGCCUAGGACACUGCCAGAGCAUUUCCAGUUUGCGUUGUGCUUAGGUAGGAGUUUGAAUGGAGAUGUUAAUCAUUCAAUCAAAAAUGUAUUCGAAUCGUCCAUAGACGACUUGUCUAUUAAACUCUAUGAUCCGGCGACCAAAUUCACUGAUGCACUUCGUGAUGUUUAUGGUAACAACCAUAACCACAAAAGUGCAAGGCCUGCCGAUUUGUCGAGUCUGUCAACAACAACAUCAUGCGUACACCCUAAGAGGGAAAGCAUUUAUUGUUCUCCAUACCUCGCGGCGCAAUGCCAGGAUUACUAUUCGUAUCUUGCGAGUAAAUAUGCCAAUGUAUACCUUUCAUGGGCUCUUUACCUCCCGUGGGCAUUGUUCAAAUAUCUCCAGAGCCUACUUCAAGAUUUCCGCAAUAUAUCGUGCCGUGAUUCCGGAUGCCAUGGAUGCACGCAAACCGAAAUUUGUAAAGGUGGGCAGCAUGGUGUCGACUACAACUGCAGAUGCUACAGCGUUGUAAAAUGUCGAGGCGUAGCAAGCAUAUUCUACAGUUAUGGAUUCGCAUUUGGCGAUUCAAAACAAUUACUGGAAGCAGACGAACAAAGACGAUAUUGCUACCAUUUCUACAAUCAGCUGCAGAACGUCCUUAAAUCCAAAUAUUUUGAAACGCUAUUCACGGAAUGCGACAACUUCCUGUUCACCAUCAGACAGCCGUUUAUAUGGCUCAACGUCGCGCUCUGGUCACUCUCCCUAUUCUACCUCAUUUGCGUCAUGGUUGGCAGACUGGAUGUGCUCCAUAUCAAAUCACAUCUGAGGAUACCGUCGUCGCACAAGAUAACGGCGCAAUCGCUGUUGGCUGCAGCGCAAGUCGGAAGGCUUGCCAAGAUAUCGUAUCUACAACCGUAG